CAACCGGCCGGAAGAGCUGGGCAGCAAACCCGCUGCCGCGGGCGCUAGACGCCGCCGUGGCCGCGUGGAGAACGCCGCCCGGCGAUGCGGCCCCUGGACAACUCCGGGGCCGCGGAGCAGCUGGCGUCCGGGCUGCAGAUGAAGGACAACCGGCCCCCGGGCGCCAGCCAGCAGCCGGCUGCCGCCGAGGUAGCGGAGACCCCUGGUCCUGGCAGGUGCUGGCAAUGCGGUUCCUCGCCGUGCGGCUCGAGCGCGCAGCAGGAAGCUGAGAAGAAAGCACCCUGCCCUGGACUUGGCUUGUUUUACACAUUAUUGUCUGCCUUCUUUUUCUCAGUGGGCUCUUUAUUGGUUAAAAAAGUGCAAGACAUCCAUGCUGUAGAAAUUAGUGCAUUCCGAUGUGUGUUCCAAAUGCUAAUCAUUAUCCCUUGCUUAAUAUACAGAAAAACUGGAUUUAUAGGCCCAAAAAGUCAACGAAUCUUCCUCCUUCUCAGAGGAGUCCUCGGUUCUAUUGCCAUGAUCCUUUUAUACUACGCCUUCCAGGCAACGUCCCUCGCUGAUGCCACAGUUAUCACAUUUAGCUGUCCAGUGUUUACAUCUAUAUUUGCUUGCAUAUUUCUCAAGGAAAAAUACAGCCCUUGGGAUGCUCUCUUCACCGCAUUCACGAUCACUGGAGUGAUCCUUAUUGUGAGGCCACCAUUUCUGUUUGGUUCCAGUGCCGUGGAGAUGGAAGAAGACUAUUCAGUCCACCUGAAGGGCACGUUCGCAGCGCUUGCACAUGCCGUCUUUGCUGCGGUGACUCUAGUCAUCCUAAGGAAAAUGGGGAAAUCUGUGGACUACAUGUUGAGCAUUUGGUAUUAUGUAGUGGCUGGCCUCAUCGAGUGCGUCACUGUCCUUUUUGCAUUAGGAGAAUGGAGUUUGCCCUACUGUGGGCUGGACAGGCUGUUUCUCAUACUAAUUGGGCUGUGUGGUUUGGGGGGUCAGGUGUUUCUCACAAAAGCCAUUCAGAUAGAAAAAGCAGGCCUGGUAGCACUAAUGAAGACGAUGGAUGUGGUCUUUGCUUUUAUCUUUCAGGUUAUUUUCUUUAAUAAUAUACCAUCAUGGUGGACAGUGGGUGGCUCCCUCUGUGUAGUAGCCAGCAGUACUGGAGCCGCCAUUCGUAAGUGGUACCAGAGUUCCAGAUGAAGCAUCAUUGCUGAAAUGUGUUUAUUUAUUUUUUAAGAACAAGGAAACGUUUAAUGGUUACACUGCUACAGCAACAGCGGGCCACACAGACAAGAGGUGCCUAUGUGAGCACCAAGGGUCGGUUGUUGGGGUCUUUUAUAAAUGUGUAUUUUUUUAAAGAACACCAUCACCCAGUUCAGACACUUCACACACACAUGCAUACACACACCUGGAAAAUCUGCAUUUACUUCAUUGAUUAUAUUUAAUAAAUUUCAUAAUUAAAGUGCCACUUUUGAAUAUGGUAUGUCUUUAAUUAGUUAAAAACAGCCAGUCAGUUUGGUGUAGCAACUUUAUUUUAAUCAAUUAUUUUUUGGUUUUGGGUUUUUUGUUGUUAUUGGGGUGGCAUUGAUAAGAGGACAGAUCAUUAGUUGAAGAAAAACUGCACAAUUUUUUAUGACUAAGUAUAAAUAUCUGUAAUUUUUCAAAGUGUAUUUUUGGUACUGAUGGGAUACAGGUGGGAGGAAAUUUUAGAUGCUCUUUUAGCAGUGUAGAGGCUAAGAGACUUACUGAUAACAAUGCUGCUAUAUAAUUAGUGUUAUGUUGAUAAUUCAUUUGAAAUGUAAUGCCAUUUAGGAGGCCAAAGCUGAAAUUUGGAGUAGGUGCCUACUUAAUGGUGUUUAUAAAACAAAUGAAUUAGCCUUAUUUUCAAGGCUUUUAAAAAUGAUCGUCAUUCUUUUAACCCCUAUUUGUGCCUUUUUCACUUUAAUGCUGAAAUUUUGAUAUGUAAACUUAAAUCUUUAAAUCACCAAAUUUGGCUAGUGGUUUUCUGCUUGAGUGGCAUUAGCAACUGUGGCUACAUUAUAUAAUUUUAAUUGUCCUCUGUUUUUUUUUGAAACUGCACUACGUUUUUUUUUAACAUGCUAACAUUUCAGGUGUUUAAAUCACAAGUGAGAAAUUUUGGCAUGACCAAUGUGCACAUUUCCAUCCUGAAGUGUUUUCUCAGAACUAGAAAUUUGAUUUUUUAUAAAUUCAGUUGACUUUAUGGUGUGAUGCCAAAUAAAAUUUUCUCAGGAUUUUAUCAGGUUGAACCAUAAGAAAUUGAUGAGAUUUUACCUUUUUAACUUACAAAAAACCCCAUAGUUUCUUAUGGUUCAUCCUAAUAGAUACCUCUCUUACCUUCUAAACCAAAUACUUAGAGAACUUUGGAGAAUAUAUAUAUAUAUGUAUAUAUAUAUAUAUAUAUACAUAUAUAUAUAUAUAUUUUAAACUACUUUUUGAAGUACAGUAAUCCUAGUAAACUUAUUUUUAUGGUCUUUUUCCCUUAUGGAAUUAUAUGUAAUAAUGCCUCAUGUUCUAUAUUAAAUGUAAAGACCUGUGAAUCCAUGGUUGAUUGAUUUGUGUAGUUUCUUAAAUAGAAAAAAAAUCACUGUUAAAUUCUAAUAAAUCAAUAUGGUAUUAAAUGUUAGUGCUGCACCAUGGUACUAGUGUUAUGAAUUCAAACAGCAUAUUUUAUGUUUGGAACUUCAUCAAGCCACUGCUCUACAGCUAAAGAGAGAAUGUAAUAUUUAGGAAAACUUGGGAGGUCAGUCAGGAGGCAGGGAGUCCACGCAAAUGGCUCUUUGUCACAAUGAGCCCUUUAUUGGUGAGGCUGUAAUGGUCUCCACCUCUCACUGUAUCAGACCUAGCACCUAUUAUUAUCUUAAGCCUACAGAUCUGAACAAUUACAGGCUCUUUCCCACCCUCUCAUCACAAUGCUUCCAAAGUAAGGAGGAACUUGACUUCUGAGGUUUAUGCCUUGGUGAGAAAGGACCUUUCCCAGUAGUUCCAAGAGGGAAUUUUUGGCUUGCUGAUCUUCCCAAGUGCUGCCCACCUGACAGAGCCUAAAAGAGGCCUAUUUAGGGGACUCACACUAUCAUUGUAACUUUAGCCUAACUGGCGUUGUUAGAGUUUAGAGUUGCAAAAGCAUCAUUUUGCAAGCAUCUUAGAUAAGUAUAGAUUUAGGGCAUUUUAGGGCUCAAAGGUUAGAAAUCCUCAUGUAGGAGACAUGCUUCAUAGGUGGGGACUCUGGGGAGGGGCCCUGCCCAAGAUGGGUUCCCAUGGCCUUAUUUAUCCGUCCUUUAGUUCAGUGAUAAAGUACAGAAAGUAAACCAUUGCUUGAGCAAUCUAAAGUAAAUUAACUCUCAGGGAACCCUCUUCUGGUUCUUUACCUUGCACAAUAAAAGAACCUACAGGAUCUUGAAAGGUAGACCCCCUUGGGCCUGUACACUACAGACAUGUUUUAUUUCAACAGUGUGGUUUCAGUGCUUGAAUGCCACAAUGUAUGACCAAAGUUGGAGAAAAUGUUUCUUCUCCCAGCUUUUACAGGGUGUGAUUUUUUAAAACACUUUUAUAAUGUCCAAGGUAUAUACAAGGAUAUGUAUUGUAACAAUGCUGGGUGUGUAUAUUUUGCAAAGACUGUAGUUUCUAUGUCUUGAAAAGGAAACUAUUUUCUUAAAUUGUUUUUAUUUUACAAUUACUAAUAAAAUUAAUGUGAAAGAAA